AUGGUGCAGCUCAGCUUUUCUGUCCGGCAUUUCUGCCUUCUUUCCCUUCCUAUUGUUUCCGCUUUGACGGUCCCUCAGAAGCCCAUUGCGCAAUACCCUGAGAGUUCUGUCGCUGAGCAGACUGAGGAUCUUGCUGCCGAUGAUGUCGGGUUCAACAUGACAGAUUAUACCGCGCUAGACGAGUGGAAUCCUAUAGAAUGGGAUUACGACGUUGUCAUCGUUGGAGGUGGCCCGGGUGGUCUGGCUGCGUCGAUGUCUCUCGCCAGGGUUGCCCGCACAUCCCUUCUGUAUGAUUCGCAAGAGUAUCGAAAUGAGCAGACGCGAUACAUGCACGACGUCCUAGGCCAAGAUGGCCAAGUACCUUUGAAGUUUCGAACGGCUGUCCGACAGCAAAUAGACGAGCUCUACCCCGAUUAUUCAUUUUGGGCAACUCGCAAGAAGAAGGUUACCGGGAUCAUUCCUCUUGAAAAAGGAUUCCGCGUAUAUGACGACAAAGGCGGCAAGGUCACAGCCAAGAGAGUUAUUCUGGCCACUGGUAUCAAGGACGUCAUACCCAAUAAGCCCGGCUUUGCAGAGGCCUUUGGUAGAGGUGUCUUCUGGUGUCCCUGGUGUGAUGGCCACGACUACAAGAACCGCAAAAUGGUUGUGUAUGGCAAGCUUGCCAGUGCCAUUGGAUCCGCUCUGAAUAUCAGGAAGUUGACGACCGAUAUAACCAUCGUGACCGGGGGACCCCUUACAAAAGAGGACAGAGAUGAAGCGGAAGCACGCUGGCCAGGCUGGGAGACAGUCAUCAAGAACACUUACAAGAUCCCCAUCCGAGAAAACGAAAUCACCAAGAUCGAACGUACUACGGCGAACAUGGAGCCGAAGGAUGACGAGUACCGCGUGCACUUGAACGGCGGCAGCCCGAACCCGCUGGUCACUAAUGGAAUGCUCAUUUCUGUACCUACUGCCCAGACAUCCAGCCUUCACAAGCAGUUGCGCUUGGAGAUGGAUGGAAAGUCUGUCAAGGUCAAGCCCAGCAUGGAGUCCAGUGUUGGUGGUCUCUACGUGGUCGGUGAUGCCAACAACGACGGCUCCACCAAUGCAUAUCACGCCAUGUGGUCGGCCAAACGAGCCGCUGUCAAUGCGCACGUCUCUAUGUCCAAACAAGAAUAUCUCGAAGAAGUGCCUAAAAGCAUGGUGGCGGCGGCGGGAGGGGACGAGGAAUUCUAUCGCCGGCAGAUUGAGCAUCUUGAAUCUCAGAUGGGUAAUGACGUUGAACAAACAUACAAGGCACUCGGCGGUUAA